AUGGCAUCUGCAUCGAGCACAAGUGCGCGUAGUCUUUUUGUUGAGUCGAAAAUGCGAUUGGCUGAUAAAGUUCAAGUUAAUGUCAAUAAUAUUGCUUCUCUUGCACGUCAGAUUCAACGCGGCUCCAAAAGCAGUGAAAUCUUGAUGCAAUCAGCGAAAAAUUUUGCACAGCAAGAGCAUAGCCUAGAAAACGCAGAAAAUAAUCUAGAGAAACUAGCAUUGAUCACUUCCCACCUGGAAUGUCAGCUGUCAUCAGUCGAUAGGAGUUCUGCUAAAUUAGAAGACGUAACGGAGCAAGUUCGGGCAAUGCAACGUUAA